AUGGCGGCUACCGAGGCCAAGCUGCAGAACUACUACAACAUCUCGACCCUCUACCCCUCAGAAUGGCCGGCGGAGAAGGACGUGAGCUCCGAUGAAGAUGAAGACGUGCCCAAGACGUCCACCAUUAACCCCGUCCGCCGGUCAAAGUCGCGGUACUCUGUGCUGGAACGCAGUGGAAGCUAUAGGAGAAGUCUGCCAGGGGCGGAAAAGACGCGCGAUGGGCUGGAGAACCUCGUGCAGAAAGAUGAAUCCGAUCCCCUCGGCGCAUUCCCGAGCGUGGUGCAGGUCCUCCGCCAGCGGGGGCUGCCGGUGGAGGAUGAUACCAAGAUGAGAAACCGCUUCCUCCUGUCUUCCACCACCUUUUCCCCCGCCCUCUUUCUCUCACAGGUACACAACGACGAUUCCACCGAUCAACUGCUGCGAGGCCUUGACUUCCUAUCCCGAUCCAUUGAAAAGAAAUCAGCAUCCCUCAAAGUGCUUGUUGAGUCGAAUUUCGAGCGCUUUGUGCGCGCCAAAGCCACCAUUGACAAUGUAUAUAACGAGAUGCAGGAGCAAGGUGCUGCAGAGCCCGAGUCUCCACAACGACCACACUCUCGCCAUGCUAGCAAGUCGGCCAAUCAUGGCAGGAGCACCAGUGGCCCUCUGAGCCCCAACUUAGGUUCCAACAAACCACUACCGAGUGAUAAGAAGAAGAACGCGCUGGUGAAAGAAAGUGAAUAUGGUGUGGCAGGCAUCAAGGCGCCCUUGCUAGAAGUGGCAGUGAAAGCCGAGGAAGUUUGGGGACCUGCGCUUGGUGGAAGGGAUAAAGAAGAGACUCUGAAAGCCAUUUUAACUUCCAUGGAGAGGAAUCGCGCCCUCUUCGAGAUUGGAGCUUCACUGCAGGAUGCAGUGAAGCGCAAGGACCAUGAAACCAUCGUCGAGGACUAUACACGAGCACGAAAAUAUGCAGAGGAUGCAAGAUCUAUGGUCGAAAGCGCUAAUUACCGUCGGACACCUCUUACAGACGACCAAGUUCACCAGAUCAUCAUCACCGCUCGCAUGUGGGCAGAUGUUGAUGGCCAAGUCGAGUCAUUCAAGCGUGAUGCAUGGCGCACCCUGACUGGCAUGCACUUUAACAAGCAGCAAGCAAUGGCGGAAGACAAGCCCGAAGCAUACAUGGAGCUCAUAUCCAUUAUGCUAGAAUUGGGCGUAGAAGAAAACCCCAUAUGGUUCUGGCUUCUCAGCAGAUACGAUUUCCUCAAAAACAAGAUCGCAGCGACCUGCGAACGGUCAAAAGUUGAAAUUGAGAUUCUACGUCGUCAUCUUGGCAAUGGCGAGAAGCCUACUUUGAGCAUGCUCGCUUUGCAGCUUCGCUCCGUUGCCUCGCAAGGCCGAUCAGGAGACUUCGGGAAGAUGGACUCGGCCAAGGUCUUGGAAUUCUGGGAGCAUGUACUCGGCUCUAUGAAUACCCUUCUCUCUACACAGGGUGGAGUCCUUGGUGAGGUGGUUGAGUAUUGGGAUACUGCGAGGUCUUUCAUCGACGGCAAAGCACAAAAGAACCUACCGAUCGGAAUAGACGGUGGCAGCCGCCAGCAUCACCGCCUCUCCACAGACGGUGUUCGCGAACUGGAGAAAGGCGUCAUCGAGCUUAUCAACGUGAUCCGCGAGCAUAUUUUCUCAUUCUUCUCCGACCCUCCCAUCGAAGACAUAUCUUUACUAUUUUCCCCACUGCCCACGACCCCUCUCACUCCGAAGACACCAAUGUCUGCCGCUCUAUCUCCUCUCAGUGACACUCGAUUCCGCUUCGACCCCAACAGCGCCCCCCCACCAUCUCCUUCGCGGGGCGAAUCCUGGGAGAAGUAUGCCUUUUGGCCGCCCUACUCUAACGCCCUCAGCGGCGUCCACUAUCUCGCCAAGAUCCUCGUUCUCAUCGGUGCCGCUGCGAGCGAAAUGGCAUCGCUUAGACUGCCCGAGCGUAGUGAAACAGGAAUGCGCAUGACCGAGUUGCUCAAAUCUCUCGUUGGAGGUGUGCGGGAACGUUGCGUGUCAGCUGUUUGUGUUGCCUGGGACCUCGACGCCGGCAAAGUCAAGGUUCUAGAGGACUGGACACGCUCGUCAGGACGGCGGGACUCUACCAAUUUGCCUUCGAGGUUUAUGGCGCUACAAAACGCACUCCUAGGCAAUAUGCAGAAGAUUCUAUAUGUCAGCGAUGCGAUGAGCAAGCCUGGCUCCACGGACGUCGUGGUGCCGCCGUCUGCCAAGCUGUUGCAGAUGUCCAUCCGUCUCCUCCUAACCCUCUCAACCCUCUCACACCUCAGCACCGACCAAAUCCCCCACCUGAUUUCCAUCUUCGAAUCGACCUUCUCCGUCGCCCUCACCGACGAAACGACCGCCAUCCGCGACUCUCUUGCCAAAAUCGACGCCCACCUAUUCAAAUCCUACACCAAGCCCAUCGCCGACCGCCUCGCCGCCACCAUCACCACCGGCAUCCAAUCCCCCAGCUGGGCGCCCACAGUGCCCCGCGGUACCGACCGCAACCCCUCUCCUUACGUCUACGAAAUCCUCCUCGACCUCGUCAUCGUGCACACCGAGGUCUCCACCACCGCGUCCCCACUAACCCAACGCAUCCUCAGGUUCCUGUUCGAGCACAUCUCCGUCUGCCUCAUCAACACGUUCCAGUCGCGGCAGCGCUACACGCUCGCGCACCUCAUGCAAGCGACGCUGGACGUCGAGUUCCUGGCACAGACACUGUCGACGUACACGACGGAGAAGGCGGCCGAGGUGCAGACGGAGAUUUAUCAGGUGCUGGACCAGCGGACGGAUAAUGAGGCGAGGGUCAAAUUGCAAAAUGAGCUGCCGAGUUUGAGGCUUAUUUUAAAGAGGUUGAGGGAGGGCACGAAGAGCCAAUUUGCGUGUUUCAGGAGGGAGAAGAAGGGAACAGUUGUGGGGGGUAGGCCGGCGAGUAGGGGGGUUAGUGUUGUGUCGAGGGGGAGGGAGUAG